AUGGACCAGCACUUGAACUUCUUACCCGACCCACCCUCCUCACCUGCCUCUCCCCCUGAUACUCCCACACCCACCCACCGCAAAAUUGCUGGCCCCACCCCUCCAACAAACCCCCUCGUAACCCAAGAGCUCAAAGUGACUACACCUGUUAAGAACCUGGAGAGUAACGCUACUCAAAGCGACCUGAGUAACUCUAUCCAUGCUCCUGGAAAUGCCAUAGUGGACCAAGCAAUGAGUGCUCCACCCAGCCAGCCCACCAUGAGCACACGCACACAAACUGCGGAAGAAGGUGCAAUCCUUGCACACCUUGCACUAGCAGAAGCAAAUAGAUCUGUCCUAAGUCGGGACGGCAUAAACUAUCGUACUAUACUCCCACAGUUCACCCCUACGCCUGUGGGAGGAUUCCCCAAAGUACACAUGGCCCACUCGGCACAAAUCUUUGAUCACCUUGACAACAAGGUGUUGUUAGCCUGGUUCCAAGUGGAACACCCAAAGUUUAUGGUCCGCGUCUUUGACCACUCAGGCAAAGACGUUGCAGAGAAGCCCGCAAUCAUCGCAGAAAGACUCCGCGCUAUGCAUAGACUGCCUGAGGAGACGGCAAAUCUCAUCGUCAACCAGUGCAUCUGGUCCUCCACAGACAUCACAUUCGAGGCACUCCCCUUCAAUUGCACACACCCCCCGGAACUACUCUUUUGCUUGUCCGGCUUCACUACCUCGAACACAGACGUCGUCCGGAAGGCCGUCGUGGAUGUCUGGGCCCACAACAACAACAGGCACCACAUCGACAACACUUUCUCAAUGUGCGGCUUCCCAAACUGCAGCUUCCCAGACGAGGAAUUGGUUUACAAAGCCACGCGAGAAUUCAUUAUCUCCGUCUGCAUUGAACUCCUCAAUUUCAAAAUCACUGGAGGCCUCUCCAUACCCCGCUUUAACAUCCUCGCGUCUAGUCCCACCAAUGAUGCAAAAACCUGGACAGACCUGUGCGGCUUCCUUCACCUCUUGGAAUACCCAACCGGCCUUGACGGCUGUGGGAUAGCAGCGGCCCUGUACCCCUGCCAGAUCUGCCACUCCCUCACACAUCCCCGCGGCCUAUGCCCAUUCCCCCAAGUUCCACUCUGGAAUGGCCCAAAAUUGAGCGCCAGGAACGCGACGAACUCAUCCCACCAAUCGGGGAGACCUAGAGGCGGUAAGAAUGGCCGCCACACCUAG